AUGGGCUUCAUCUCCGACCGCUUUAAUCUUGAGAAGCAGGUGGCGUUCUACCUUUCCUACCAUAGCAACAAAAUUAACCAGUAUAUUCACUUGGCCUGCAUCUGGCCCGCUUUCGUAUCAGGGCUCAUUAUUCUGGCCCACACACAGCCGUUCGCCGAGACUCCUUCAAUCCUGUCCUUCCUCCCCUACGGCCACCUGGUAGUGCUCAAUUACUCGGCCGUGACGGCUGGCAUCUACAUGCUGUGGUACAUCGCUCUGGACAUUUUCGCAGGAACAUUGGGGGCCGCCAUCGUCUUGCUCUGCUUCCUGUUCGCCAACUAUUUUGUCGUGGAAGGCGCUGACGCCCUACACGUGCACAGUAUGCACGUAGCUCUGGCCAUCCAAGCAGCGACGUGGACCAUGCAGUUCAUUGGUCACGGAAUCUUCGAGCACCGCAAACCCGCGCUCUUCGACAGUCCGGACCAGGCAUUCAUCACUGCCCCCAUGUUCGUGCUGCUUGAGAUCUUGUUCCCGCUCGGCUACCGCCCUGACCUUUAUCAGCGUGUGCUGAAUCAGGCCCAGAUCAAUGUCAAGAAGUUCCAAGCCACCAAGAGGAUGUAA